AUGGGCGGGGAUACUGAUUUCUUUAUCAAUAACUGCGAUGUUACUGAAGCCCUGGUCAAUUUUACAAUACACAAUUGCGUGAAGACAUUUGGCGAGGAAGCUACAUCCAGUAUUGGUUAUGUUCCGGAACUAUAUCAUCUUGAUGGCGUACCGAUACGUUAUGGAACUACGUACGAUGCUGCAAGCAAUAUUAUUUUCACAAACGGCAAUUUGGAUCCAUGGUCAGGUGGUGGUGUCUAUGAAGAUUCACCGGGAAUCAAACAAGCAAUGAAAAAUGGGGUUUAUACUUUCAACAUCAAAGAUGCGGCUCACCACCUUGAUCUGCGAACACCUAAUUCGUGCGAUCCACCAUCGGUCACCAGCGCCCGCUACCAGGUACCAAAUUUUCCAGUGUAUACUUGGACUGUUGUAAUUUGUAACUUGACGUUACAGCUGUGCUUUUUCGGGAAGCUUUCCCGAUGCUACAUUGCCUACAAAUCAGGCUAUUUUGCUGCCGAUCGUGGGAUUCGUUCCAUCUGCUUUAUGGAUUUUUAA